CUCCGCCCUCCUCCCGCUGCACCUGUGGCCUCUCCCGGGGUAGCAUAGCAGCAGCUAGCUGGAGGCUAAUCACCGAGAUGGACGGUUUCAUGGAUGGCGCCUUCCCGGCCGGAGAUGAGAGCGACGCCAGCAACGACGAGUGGGACAUCGGCUACAGCUCGGCCAAGCGGUCUCCCUGUGUCAAGGAUAUGGAUGCUGCUGCACCCCAUGCUGGCGAUAAUGUGUCAGUGUUGAAAAAGGCCAUCAGUAAAGGAGACACUGAGACUUUAGAGAAACUGUUGGACAGUGGCAUGGAUGUGGAGACCAGGCUUGGCUUUGAAUGGACUCCUCUCAUGUGUGCUGUCAGUGUGGCUAAUUAUGACCUGGCCAAAGUGCUGCUGGACAGAGGCGCCAGCGUCAACUUCAGCAAAGAUCAGUGGACAGUGCUCAUGGCCAGCUGCACAGCAUCUGCCAGUGAAGACGAGAUCUCUCGCUGCAUGGAUCUUCUGCUCUCCAGAAAUGCUGAUCCCAACAUGGCAGACAGGUCACAAAUGACCUGUCUGAUGUUGGCAGCCAGGGACGGCUACAGCAAGGUCAUCAACCUGCUGGUGUCCCAUGGGGCAGUCAUCGAUGUCCAGGAUGGCAAUGGAUACACGGCUUUGUCUGUAGCAGUGCAGUAUGGCAGAGAGGAGGCAGUGCUGAAGCUCCUCCAGCUGGGAGCAGACAAAACCAUAAGGAACAAUGCUGGCAAAAGACCUGCUGACCUGGCAUUGAUCUUCAAACAUGCACAGAUAACGAGGAUCCUGUCCUCUUCAUCGCAUGUCUCAAUCGUUCAGCCCUUCAGCUCCAUGGAGGAGACCCUGUCUAAAUUCUUCAAGACCAACUCUGAACCUCCUUCUUCUAAGGAAAGUGUCACCAAGCUUGAUGAACUCGGGAUCCUCCUACACGGUCUUGAUCUCGGCUACCUCAAUGACAUCAUGACUGAAAAAGACAUCACCUGGAGCAGCCUGUUGACCAUGGAGAAGGAGGACCUAGAGAAGAUUGGUAUCACCGACCCGGUGCACCAGCAGAAGUUGCUUAGUGCUGCUCACUCGAUGGACCUGGAUAAAGUGGACCUGGACACCAUAGACCUACUGGGAGCUACAGACAGUGGGAGUGAAGAGCUGCACACCUUCCUAAUAAGUGUGCAUCGUCAGUGCUGCUACCUUACAGAGACGAUUCAGGACGUCAUCAACCGUUUUCCUCGCCAAGCCUCUCAGCUGGUUUUCUCCCUGGACUCAAAGAAGGAGGCUCAGUCCAUGUGCAGCCAGCUGGUGGUCCAGACUAAAGACCUGCAGAAGGAAGUCACCUGCCUUCAUAGUCUACUAUGCCAGAUGAACGAAGCCGGGGAUUGCUGUCAGCUUCCUCAACCUGGUUCCCACGGCAACUGGAAGAUGCAGUACCUCACCAGAGUUACCCUGAGCACACUGGGAGCCACCUUCCUCCUGCUCCUCUGCAAAGCUGCACGUGGAUAGGUUGACCUUUAGAUGUGCAGGAGUGUUCAUCAUUUUGUGUUUGAUUCAUGUGGUUUAAUUGUCAUACUAUAAUUGUUAAAGAGUUAUAUUUUAGGACAGUGUUUGACAGGACGGCUCAUUUUUACUUUCGCUGCAGUUUCCCGUUUUGCAGUUUGUCACUGAGUUUGUCUUAUUUAUUUUUAGAUUAUUUUGUAUUUUAAGCAUUUAAGUGAAAAUUAAAGGUUCUUUU